UCGUGUCAACAAGUGUUUCGUUCCCCGAGUCAUUCGACCAAAAAAUGGACCCGUUUACGACCACUGUGAUCCUCGUGGCAGUGUUUCUAUUCGUUCACCGGCUCCUAUGGGCGCCGAUGAGCUAUUUCAAGCGAGCUGGGAUCCCCCACGAACCGGCGAUACCAAUCUUCGGCCACAUAGGGCCGGUCCUGUUCCGUCGUAACUUUCUGGGAGAGUACGGUCAACGGAUGUACAAUCGUUUCACAGACGCCAAGUACUUUGGAUUCUACAUCUUUACCACGCCUAUGAUAGUGAUCCGUGACCCUGAACUGAUCACGUCGAUCGCCAUCAAAAACUUCGACAAUUUCAGCGAUCAUCUGUCCAUGGGAAACGAGGACGUGGAUCCCCUAUCGGGGAAGGGCUUGUUUUUCCUUCGCGGGGAUCGAUGGCGGGAGAUGAGGAAGCUCCUGAGCCCGGCCUUCACAUCCGGCAAGAUGAAGAUCAUGUUCGAUCUCGUCAGCGACUGCGCUGACAGGUUCACGGAACACGUCGCGACGGAAUCUCAAAGGGGAAAGGUGUUCGAACUGAAAGAACUGUUUGGAAGGUAUGGCACCGACAUGAUCGCCACGUCCAACUUCGGGAUCGCCGUCGACUCGAUGAAGAAUCCGAGCAACGAGUUCCACGCGUACGCCAAGGAGGCUCUGGUCCUUACGUUUGGCCGAUUGGUGAAGAUAUUGAUAGGCAGACACUUCCCAAAACUGUCGAAGAUGCUCGGCUUGAAAGUAUUCGGCGACGAGAUUCGAAGUUACUUUACGAACGUCAUCGCUGAGACUGUUAGAACGAGGAAGGAAAUGAACAUCUACCGACCGGACAUGAUCCAGCUGAUGAUAGAGUCGAGGGACACGAACGGAAGGGAGCUGACGAUCGACGAAAUGGCGACCCAGGCGUUCAGCUUCUUUCAGGCUGGCUACGGCACGUCGACGACCUUUCUGUGCUUCGCUGUACACGAGAUCGCCGCAAACCCGGACGUGCAGGGUAAGUUACGAGCAGAGAUCGAGGCUGUAGCGCGGAAGACGAACGGCAGACUCACGUACGACGCCAUCAAAGACAUGGCCUACAUGGACGCGGUGCUCAACGAGAUCACCAGAUUGUACCCGGUGACGACGGUUCUGGAUCGAGUGUGCGUGAAAGAGUUCGAGCUACCUCCAGCUACGCUGGAUUCGAAGCCUGUCACGUUAAAACCUGGAGCGAUGGUGGCUUUCAUGCCAUUCGCGAUGCAACGGGAUCCAAAAUAUUUCACCGAUCCGCUCAAGUUCGAUCCUGACCGAUUCUUGAGCAACAAUGUUCCCCAAAACGUUUGCUUCCCGUUUGGGUUGGGUCCCAGAGUCUGCAUCGGGAACAGAUUCGCCAUGAUGGUAGUCAAGAUCCCGUUGUUUUACCUUUUAUCGCGCUGCGACGUCGAGCUUUGCGCUGAGUCCACGCACCCGAUCAGGCUGAGCAAGAAGACCGUUUUACUGGAUGCUGAAAAUGGAUUCUGGUUGAAGAUGAAGACGAGGAAGAAUUAUAUUUUGCGCGUGGACGACGCUGCGAUUAAAUAAAGAGAGAUUAUAGGGUCUUCUCGCUAAACUAGAUGGGGAUUUCGCUAGAUAACUUCUCGCUAGUCAACACUUGUCACACAAUUUUAAGUACCAGACAUUUUACAUUGCAAAUAAAGGUAUAUAUACUGGGUAACUUCAAAGGACUUUCAAGAAUCUGUUUACAUUUGUUACGAGCGCGAGCGCGGGAUCCUGGAUUCG